AUGGUGCAAUUACUGGCAGAUUGCUUACCAAAUCACACAUCUGGAAUGCUUGAUCACGACUUUGUCUAUCUUGAGGCACACGUGAACAAAUUGAAAGGAGGCUACUUCUACCACAAUACUCCAAAGUCCUUGACGGGUUACCCACAAAAGCCACCAUCGAACUUGAACGACCUCAAGGAGUUGUGGACGGCGCUGACAUUGACGAUACUUGUUUUCGGAUACCUGAACGAUCCAUUAGUUGUCUCUAAAUACAACUGUGUCAGCCAACGCAUGCGCAAAAUGCUGGAGGAGAUCGCUAGACAAAGCCGUGAAGACCGAUCUCCAACUCAACAGUGGGCACUAUGGGAUUCUUGGGAGCCUUUUGCCAGCAGCGAGAGACUGGUAAAAAUCUUCAACAGUUGGGAGCGGGGUUUCUUGAACCAAGUGGAAAAGAGGAUGCAGAAGGCCGUUCGAGUAGGCCUCAACAAGAUUGCAGCUUUCGAGCCGAUGGAUCAAGCAGAAGCAGAGUUUCACGCAUGGUGCAAACAAAAGCUCGGCUGCCAAGCAUUUGGACAAUCUCCUCGCGGAUUAGGGUUGGCAUUGAGCAUGCUGGAUCAGACACGAAAGGAGAAAGAGGACUGGAUAUCUCAUGAUGACCAAACACUGGACGAGCAUGUGAGCCAAACGGAGCUUGGGGAGCUUGAUGCGGAUCUCGGAGCGAGUAGUACCAACGAUGUAGAGACCGAAGAUUUGGGUCAAGCCGAUGGAGGAGGUUCAAUUGGAAAGAAUUGGGCCGCGAAUUGGCUUUCAGAUGAAGAGACUAUGUUCAGAUUGCUCACUGGGGCGGAGGAGAUGUCAUAG